AUUGGAGACAACAACACAUUCCGUGGUGUACAAACGCACGACCCAGCACAUCAUUAUCAAGUUUUUAGCUAAAAUGUCAAAUUGAUGCUACUUUUUAGCCAAACGAUAUUCCAACACAAACUGUAAGCAAUCGGUGUAUUCUCCGAAAUGGUAAAUUAAUGGUCUCUCCUCCCACGCCUAGCUGAAACGCCGUGAUGUAACUGAAAUACUGAAAUACGGCGUUAAACCAAACUCACUCACUCACUCAAACACGUAACGUAAUAGGUCGCGAAAUACCACGUGGUGCUCAGGGCCCAUGUGUAACGUUGAUUGUAAAUGUAUGGGUCAUAGGCGUGGGCAAAAUCUUUUAGGAGAAGUAGAGCCCUCUAGUGACAGAUUGCUUUGAUUGUACAGAUCAAGGGCGGUUAACAAUGGUUACGUGUAUAUGGGAUGGGUUUUUUUGUAGCUGAGGAUAGGCUAAACAUGUUUCUCGGAAAUCAUCGCAUGAUUCAUUAUAAUUGACAAUGAAAACUUAGUCAGCAGUUGUUUUGUUUGUUGUUUAACGCCGCACUCAACAAUAUCCCAGCUAUAUCUCAACAGUUUCAUGGAGAUUAAAUCUACAUUGAUAAAUAAAGAGAAUAUAUUCACCUGAGACAGCCACGUUGCGUUCAUACAUAUAUUAAUGAGUGAACUCGGCCAGUUUGUGACGUCAUGGUACCAGGAGACUAUAUUAACCCAACAGUCACUCGCACAGCUAGCACCGUCCCAUCCUGCCUCUGUGCUGUCUCCAACAGACGGUGCUCCACCAGAAACUGACCAACAGUCUGCUGUAAGCGAAUUUGCAGCCCAGCGUCCGGUACAACGACGGUCGAAGAGCACGAUUACAACGUCGUAAAUCCAUUACGUUGACGUACACCACGUCCGUGCUGACAUGGAUCCAGUAGGAAAAAGUAACUCGUGCCGUAGAGGCCGGAACAAAAGGAAACCAAAUAGGAAUCGAAGGUUCCGUCAGGGCAAAGGAGAUUCGAACCCAGACUGCGUAUCUGAUAGUGUCCGGAACGAAAAUAAGAUCCCCCAAAAUGGAACGCUGAAGGUCCCUCUUGAGAAGCAAGUGGUCAGGGUCAGUGGACUCAAGGUGGGGAACAGGAAGAAAGGAGGCUUGUCUGGUGCUGUUGCAACAGGGACGCCGCGUUCAUGUCCUGUAACAUCAUUGAGGAACUGGUUGGAUGGAUCGACUACAACUGACACGCUGCACAAGAAGCAGCUUCAGCCAGUGGACUGCUCAAAGAUGCGAUGCAUGGGGUCAGUGAUGAUGAAUGACAGCAUGAAGCAUCCCCUGACUCUGAGGUCAAGGCAGAACCUUCUGACGGACGCCAAGGACUUCAUUGGCCAGUACUACGCCUCUAUGAAAAGCUCAGACACAGAGGAUCACAAAAUUAGAUGGGCGGAAGUUGAAGACGCCAUUUCUACAUCCGGGACCUAUGAUCUGACUUUGGAAGAACUGACCUUCGGUGUGAAGACAGCAUGGAGGAACGCGCCACGAUGUAUUGGAAGAAUACAGUGGUCAAAACUGAAGGUGUUUGAUGCUCGUCACGUAGCCACGACCCAGGAGAUGUUUGAAGCGCUGUGCACCCACAUUGAGUACAGCACCAAUAAUGGAAAUAUCAGGUCUGCGAUCACUGUGUUUCCUCAGCGCACUUCCGGGAGAGAGGACUUUCGGGUAUGGAACAUUCAACUGAUCCGAUACGCCGGUUACCGCCAGUCUGACGGUAGCGUCGUCGGCGAUCCCGCCAACGUCGAGUUCACAGAGGUGUGUGAAGCGUUGGGGUGGAGCGGCAGGGGCGGGAUGUUUGAUGUGCUUCCCAUUGUACUAUCUGCUGGAGACGGCGACCCUGACCUGUUUGACCUCCCCGAGGAUCUUGUGCUGGAGGUGGAGAUCAAACACCCUAACUACCCGUGGUUUGAGGGACUAGGGUUAAAGUGGUUCGCGGUCCCAGCUGUCUCGGCGAUGUUGUUCGACUGUGGGGGUCUGGAGUUCCCGGCAGCCCCCUUCAACGGCUGGUACAUGGGGACGGAGAUAGGGGCCAGGGACUUCUGUGACGCAGCUAGGUACAACGUCGUUGAGAAAGUUGCCGUUAUGAUGGGUCUGAACACUGGGGCGAACUCCUCUCUGUGGCGUGACCGAGCCCUAGUUGAGGUCAACAUUGCUGUACUACAUAGCUUCCAGUUAGCAGGUGCGACGAUUGUUGACCACCACACCGCGUCCGAAUCCUUCAUCCAGCAUCUCCAUAACGAGCAGCGCCAGCGUGGGGGGUGUCCCGCUGACUGGGUGUGGGUGGUACCCCCGAUGAGUGGGAGUCAGACGGAUGUGUUUCACCAAGAGAUGACGGUCUACAAGCUCAAGCCUUCCUAUGAGUACCAGGACGACGCGUGGAAGGUUCAUGUCUGGAAGAACAAGGACUUGGAAGAAAUGUACCUACGGGCGACCAGGAAGAGACUGACCCAGUCUCAGGCCAAGGCAGUGGCCAGCCACAUUAACUGUGUCAUCGUGUUCGCCACAGAGACCGGCAGAUCAGAGCGAUUCGCUAGGCGGUUGUGUCAGACAUUCAAGCGUGCGUUUACUACCAGGGUCGUGUGCAUGGAGGACAUAGACCUGACUGAGCUGCAGCGGCAGGACCUCAUCCUCGUCGUCACCAGCACCUUCGGCAACGGCGACGGCCCGGAGAAUGGCGAGGCAUUCGCCAAAAGCCUAGAAAAGCUGCGACACUCCGAAGCAGUGAAAAAAAGCAAGAACACAGUGACGGGGAACUCCAGCACCAAUAGCACUUCGAGGAAGUCGGCGGGACUGCUAAAAAAUAUCAGGUACGGAGUGUUUGGACUGGGAUCCAGGGCCUACCCCCAUUUUUGCGCUUUCGGUCACUUCCUGGACUCGCUGCUAGGUGACCUGGGAGGUCAGAAGAUCCUGGAGACAGGGGAGGGGGAUGAACUGAGCAGGCAGGAGCACUCCUUUAAGACCUGGGCCAAGCAAGCCUUUAAGGCCUCCCUGGAGGCGUUCCACGUGGACAGUGACAUGGACGUCACAAACCUCGACGGCGACCUGUCCAGUAGCGACGGCAUGUGGACGCCAAACAGAUUCCGUAUAGCAAAACUUCCUGACGGGAAGGAGGGGGACCUGUGUACAGUUCUAGGCCGGCUUCACCACAAGACAGUCGUGCCCUGUAGGGUGCUGGAGAGGACGCAGUUGCAGUCCACCACGUCGCCGCGCCAAACUAUCCUGGUCAGGCUGGGGACCAAUUCUUCCACUGCCAUGAAGUACAGCCCAGGCGAUCACGUUGCCAUAUUUCCCUCAAAUUCACCAGAAAUGGUGGAAGCCAUCUUGUCUCGCCUACACGAUGCGCCCCCUGCCGGACAGCUUAUGCGGACAGAGAUAAUGAAGGAGGAGACAACUGCCCAAGGCUCCGCUGAGAAGUGGAUGGUAUGGGAUAAGCUGCCGUCGUGCUCUCUAAGAACCGCCUUUACCCGCUACCUGGACGUGACCACGCCCCCAACCCAGGACCUCCUGAAGGUGUUGUCCACAUUGGCAGGCGGGAACCAGGACAAGGACAGACUUGACCUGUUGACCACUGACACCCGCGUCUACGAGGAGUGGAGGGAUACGAGCACGCCGACCCUUCUUGGGGUGUUGGAGGAAUUCCCCUCCCUCCGGGUACCCACCUCACUGCUGGUCACGCAGCUCCCCCUCCUGAAACAGCGUUAUUACAGCAUCAGUUCGUCUCACGACGCCUACCCCAACGAGGUCCAUGCCACUGUCGCCGUGCUCAAGUACACGACUCAAGAUGGUGUAAAUCAUGAGGGUCUGUGUUCCGGAUGGCUGAACAGACUCCAGAUCGGAGAGGUCAUCCCGUGUGCCAUCAGAGCCGCCCCCAACUUCCGCCUACCAGAGGACAAGACGCUGCCGGUGAUGAUGGUGGGGCCAGGGACAGGUAUCGCCCCCUUCAGGAGCUUCUGGCAACAGCGGCAGGUGGACAUGGCCAGGGGGCAUACUCCGACAAACUCCAAUCGGCGAGGCUGGGGUGACAUGCAGUUGUAUUUCGGCUGCCGGUCUUCCAGCCAGGAUCACGUCUAUGACUCGGAGUUGGCGGCCAUGAAGAACCAGAGAGUGCUGAAGGACUACUAUGUGGCCUUGUCCCGUGAGCCAGGCAGACCCAAGAUGUACGUCCAGGACAUGUUGCAGCAGCACGCCAAGGACGUCUUCAACACCAUGGUCAAAGUGGGCGGACACAUCUACAUCUGUGGCGAUGUCGAAAUGGCCGAUAACGUCAAGCAGACGCUAGAGCGGAUUCUGAGAGAACAUGGAAAGAUGACACCGGAAGCAGCCAGAGACUAUGUUCACAAACUGAGGAAUGAAAACAGAUACCACGAGGACAUUUUCGGCGCUGGGCAGAAGAAGACGGAAGUCAACGACAGCACACGUGACAAGGGAAAGCAUGCCGGGAAAGAGGAGACAGCGACCCGGAAACAGAGCAAGUCACUUGGAGGACAUGAAAAAGCUGUCCCUUUCCUAAGACCGGACCGGAAGAAGAUGCAUGGAAGAAGCCGGAUGUUCCGGAAUAGAAUCUCGUCGUGACGCCUUACGACUACCGAGUGGACGAACCUACUAGGCUAAAGCUCUCAUCCGGUGCUGGUAACUAAUGAUGGUGCUAUUACAUCUCGGAAUUUAGUGGCCAUCAGAACAUAUAUAAGGCUGGCGGGAUACUAUCACCUUCUCUGGAUAUAUACACUUGUAUGCUGCGUCCAACGUAACUGCUCGAUGACAACUAUAACCAGUUUUUGUAUCAUAUGCUGACGUCAGCAGAAUUUCUGAUCACUGCAUUGUCAAAAGAAUAGAACCUCUCUUCGAGUUGGUUGAGUUUGUGUGUGUUGUGUAACUGUAAGAAAGGACAUCGAACUGUAGAUGAGUGUGAGUUCGGCCAAACGUCUUUCAGCGACCAUUGUAGAUGUUGAUGGAACAGUGUACGAUCUUGUAUGAGAUUAAGGAUGAAGUUUGAAUGUUUCCAUCUGAGGUAAAUGAUGCAGUGUCGAUAUUCCGCAUCCGUGUUCACCAUAGAUAGAAUGGAGAUGGGAAGAACAUGGAUAAUCGAAGAUGCUAAAGAUGAUAAUAUUUGAAAACGCGAAAAACUGAUUAUGUCCUCUUACAAAUAAGAAUUAAACUGAUUAAAUUUGUUAUUGUUAUAUAUUUAGAUAUGUAAUUACCUCCACUGAAACAUAUCCACAAAGUACCCAUAAGGUCAAAGCACAUAUUUCGAUGUAAAUGUAUUAUUGAAUACAGUUUAGUUCAUAAGGUACCUUAUGCAUGCAUUGACCUUGAAACUGUUGACAAACCAUAAAAUUGUCUCUUGAAGUGUAGAAUGGGUCACGCACCACUAUUCACAGUCUACUCCGAUAUAUACGAUUUGAUCAGCACGUAGAAUUUGAACAUUAUUUUAACAAUCGGCCACUGUUUUGGGGUUAGAAUUAACAUAUCGCCACCUGUCAAUCAAAUAACAUGGCUGACCAAUCAAAACGUCCGAAGUGGAACAAAAAUCCGACAUUUUGCCAGACAACAACAAAACCUAAUAUUGUAAUAACGAUAUUGUUCAAAUCAUUUAACAACAAGCAACACGAAUCGAUAUGUUCCUGAACGACCUUGAAGAUUCAUUAUUGGAAUAAACUACCAAGUGCUA